AUGCUCCCCUCAACAAUACAGCCGCUGCUCCCCGGCACCAUCGAUCCACCUUGUCCAAGUCCUACCACCACCAUAAACCCUACAUACAAGUACACGUGUCCGUACUCCAAGCACAAGGAGGGCAGGAAUUUGGUAGUCUGUAUUGAUGGUUCAUCAAACCGGUUUGGCCUCAGGAACACCAAUGUCGUCGAACUCUACAGCCAACUUAUCAAAUCUGAUCAAGACCAACUCACUUAUUACAACAGCGGAGUGGGCACACACGCACGCCCGUCCUGGCGCUCUCUUACAUAUCUCCAUUAUUGGCUCAGCAACAAAGUGGAUCUACUUAUAGCUUGGAAUCUCGAAACUGUCAUACUGGCAGCCUAUCGAUGGAUAUCAGAAAACUACAAAGAUGGCGAUAGAAUUUAUUUCUUCGGCUUUUCCAGAGGCGCUUACCAGGCCCGAGCACUUGCUGGAAUGAUACACCGUGUCGGCUUAAUCCUCCCUGGCAACAACGAACAAAUACCAUUCGCCUUCGAGUUAUAUUCGAAAAUAGAUGAAAACGCCUCAAAGAGAAAAUCUCAGCGCAGGCAUGCCUGGGCGAGUGAACUUGCUGAAACGUUCAAGAGCACAUUCUGCAGGACACACGUCCACAUCCAUUUCAUCGGCGUAUGGGAUACUGUUUCUUCGGUUGGCGUUGUGAGGGGCAAGACCCUACCUUCGACCACGGACGGCGACCACCAUAUGUGCUAUUUCAGACAUGCCCUUGCCUUGGAUGAGCGGCGAGUCAAAUUCCUUCCGGAGUAUAUACAUGGUGCAAAAACACAAGGAUCACAUUCCGACCGCAUCAAGGAGGUCUGGUUUGCAGGUAGUCACUCGGAUCUUCAAUCAGGCGACAUUCCAUUGCUAUGGAUGCGAAAGGAGGCUGUCGAGGCAGGCUUGAGGAUGAAGCCCACCGAAGUCGUCUGGAAGAUGGAUGACCUGCAGAAGAGGACGUACGAAUCACUAAGGAGCAUGUGGUGGAUGCUCGAAUUCGCUCCUGUCAAGCGGGUUGUUUAUGGCACUCGAGACAGUCACGCGUUCGGGUACGUGCUUUAA